UCAAGUCUGUAUAAAAUGGGUACUCGGGUGGAAUUGACGACCAGAGGGAGUUGGGAGAAGAAAGGCCGGGCUACAGAGUUUUCCAUUUCCUAUUCUCAGAUCGCCUUUGCUCUCUCCCCCUCCUCUCCCUCCCCAAUGGAAGGCCGAGAGGGUCCCACCUCCCCCUCCCACUCCCACUCGGACCCACCGUCUCCGCCCCGAGAUCUUGAUCCUGACUUCACACCUGUUGGAUCCCCAGACCACGACCUCCACAUUCCCGAGAUCCACGCACUUCCCUCCGAUGAAGAUCACGACCACGAUCACGGUAAAGCUCCAGAUCAUCCGGGUGGGGCUGCCGUCCUCACUGAUGAUCUCAAGCAUAAGAUCAUUAAGCAGGUAGAGUAUUAUUUCAGUGAUGAAAAUUUGUCAACUGAUAAGUAUAUGUUGGGCUUUAUUAAGAAGAACAAGGAAGGUUUUGUCCCUAUGGCAGUUAUUGGUUCUUUUAGGAAAAUGAAAAAGCUCACCCGAGAUUAUUCAUUAAUAGCAACUGCACUGAGGGAGUCUUCCUUCCUUGUAGUGAGUUCAAAUGGGAAAAAAGUCAAGCGACUCCACCCCCUUCCAUCCACUGAGGUUAGGGAUCCAAAGUUAUUCACUGUUUUGGUAGAAAAUCUACCAGAGGAUCAUUCAGUAGAGAACAUUCAGAGGAUAUUUGGUGAAGCUGGAAGUAUAAAGAAUAUAUGCAUCCGUGACCCUCAUGCUGUAGAGGAGUUGACUAAAGUCAGCAAGCCUGAAAUGCUGAUCAGUAGUAAGUUACAUGUUCUGGUGGAGUACGAGACUGUGGAGGCUGCUGAGAAGGCUGUGGCUACUUUGAACGAUGAGAUGGACUGGAGAAAUGGCAUGCGGGUCAAGCUUCUUAAGCGAGUGGUCAAGUAUGGUCAGAGAAAAAAUGCAUGGAGGGGAUCUGAUUCAGAGAAGAAUAGCACUAGUCGAGGAUCUGAUCAUACAGGAGAUGAGGAAAAUCAUAACUUGAGUGAGCAUCAUGAUGAUACACCUGAUGAAGAGGAUGGGGAACAUCUAUUGAAGGAGAAAAUUGGGCAAAGAGGUCAUAAUCGAGGAAGAUCGAGAAGGCACAAUUACCGUGGAAUCAAUGGGCUAGGCCACGGAAGUACUUCCUCUACUCAUGCCAUUGAAGCCUCAAAACCACCUCCUGGCCCGAGAAUGCCUGAUGGAACUAGGGGAUUCACAUUGGGGCGUGGUCGGCCUCCCAUUUCCAACCAAAGUUAAAGAAACUGUUCAGCCCACGUUCACUGCUUCUGCUUUGACAUGGUGUGAAUAGAUGCAUCUAUUUUUCUUUCUUACGGAUAUCAGACCUAGCAGGUUUGUUUGGGAUAUUAUCAAAGCAAAUCUGGAGAUCCAAAAGGACACACAUACUUCCUUACUUUGGAACUGGAACAUACUGGAUAAGUGAUUAUAGAGGGUGGAUGAUUGCCAUACAACCUGCCACAUUCAGUAUUGAACGUUUGAUGCAGACUACCAAAUGCGAAAUCUUCACCUGCUCGACACAAGUUGCUAACUAACUAGUCAGUCUCGAAGAAAAAUGUCGUUUGACCUGUUUCUUAACAAACAUUUAACGGUUUACUUCAUUUAUUUAUGGUCAUUAGAUAAAUUUUGUAGGCAAUUUUAUUUAUAAAAAAAAUAAAAUAAAAUUUUGUAGGCAAUUCGAUUUUC